GUGUGUCAACGAAAAAAACCGUGUCAGUUUCAACUCGAGAAGCACCAAUUUCAUUAAAUGGAAACGUCUUACUUUGCCCAUGAAGUUGAGCUGAGCAAGCGUCAUGAGGAAAUAUUAGGCUUGAGAACUACACUUCUUCAGCAAAUGGAAGAACAGCUUGAAAGUCAGGCAAAUAAGAAAAAACUGCAAGCUAUUGAAUUUGAAUCAGCUAAUGAAAGAAAUAGGUUGCUUUUAACUGAUUUGGGAGUAGCUGAGGAAAAUUUAAAAGCCAGAGCAUGUACACAUUUGCAUCCUCUUUUUAUCACUCUUCAGACCAAAUACUGGACUUUCGUUGAAGAACAUCUACCUAAAUGGGAACAGUUUUUAUUGGGCCAAGCAGAGAGCCCUGUUGAAGUGACAAACCCAAAGCACAAGAAAUCACGGAUGAAAAAACCUCAAGAUAAAGUUACCUUUGAAAGCAAUAGUUUGCUGCUGUUACCAUCUAUUUUCAAGACCCCUCAGUCUGCACAUCAGAAAAACAAGAAAGGACAUAGAUCUACAGAAAAAGGAUGGAUAGCCUGAAAAGUACUUCUGUUAAGAAUUAAAUUUUAAGAUUUGUUAGACAUUAAUGUUAAUUGAACAGAUCGUGGGAAUUUUGCAUGACAAAUUGAUUCUUUUUACUUCAGAAUGUUUUAUUGAUCUUGUAAUUUCAGAAUGGAAUGAAGCAAAGUAAAUUCAGAGAAAUCUAUCAAUGCAAAAUAAGUGCAAUUGACCAAAUAAGCGCAAAAGAUUGGGGAAUUUUAAGUCUGUUUACACUGAGCAAAAUAUGUUUCUCAAAUCUUGAUUUUUAAAAUUUCUUGAAAACCAACCUACACACAACAUCGGCCACAACCUCCAGAUCAAAACAAUGAGUACUGCAAGUUUACAUUGGAGGAGAAAGCACUUUGUAAGUUUUUAAGGCACAUGGACACUAGGUUCAAAAAGUUUUUACAUGCUGACUAAUUGGGUUAAAACUGACUCAGUGCAAUAGUGAAGAUAUUAAAUGGUUCAACAUAGUUCUUUUCAUAUCAUUUUCAGAGAAUUAAAAUCAGAUUGUUCACAGGCUGCGAAGGCAACAUUGCUAAAAGCAAGGUGGAUAAAAUUGUACCAAGUUACAAAUUCAUGUUUGUUUUAAAGGUGAAAAGAAAAUAACCAAUUGUAUUCUAUGGUGUCCUUUUACAGAUGGUUUAAAAUUUGUAAUUGUUCAAAUGCUUUGGAUGUAAACUUACAAUCACAAUUUUGGAAAAGCAAUACAAUUUCAAGCACAUUUUUCACCAGUUUUCCAGUUGCACUCAAUGUGAAAAUUUUAUGCCUCUGCUUGAUUUAUCUAAAUAAGUGCUGAGCCAGGCCACUUGACUUAGUAUGAUGUGAUAUCCAGCAAAAUAUUCUGUGAAUAUCUAAACUGCUUGUGCAUGAUCUAUAUUGUUUUCCAAAACUUGAGUUGCACCAAAAUUUCCAAAGGCAGUAAAAAUACAGCUUUGAGAACACUUGAGUGCCAUUGUGCAUGCUUUGAAUUGAUCAGAUGCUAGGUUACUUAGAUAAGCAAGUGAAAGUUAAAUUCUCAAAGCAUUUUUAAAAUGUUUUGUCUUGUAAAAUAUAUUUAGAUUUUGAUUGUGGAAGGAAUCAUUUUUAAGUUGCAAAUCUAGAAUAUGUUCCAUUUUUGAAGACCGGUAAGUGGAUUGGCUAUGUUAAAUUUCUCAUAGUGCCCAGUGAUAUUUAGGUUAGGUGGGUUAGACAAGGGAAAUGUAGGGGUAGGGAAAUGAGAGGUGUGGACUUGUUGGGAAACUUGUGUUUCCACAAUGUAAGGAUUCUAUGAUGAUCCUUUGCAACUUAGGACAACGUGCAAGGUCAAUGCACUUUUGGUCAACACUUGGCUCAGUGGUUAGCACCGCUGCUUGUCAGCACCAGCAACCUGGGUUUGAUUCCACUCUCGGGCUGUGUGGAGUUUACACGUUCUCCCAGUGUCUGUCUGGGUUUCCUCCUACAGUCCGAAAAUAUGCAGGUUAGGUAAAUUGUCCAUGCCAAAUUGCCCAUAGUAUUCGGACAUGCAUCGAUUAGCUAGGUUACAGGGGAAUUGGCCAGGGUGUGAUGGCCUGAGAUUCUGUGUUGACUUGUUGGGCCAAAGGGCCUGUUUCCACACUAUUGGGAUUCUAUGAUAAUAUGUUUAGGGGAAAAGGACAGUAUUCUUGAUUCAAUGAACCAGUGCAUUAUCACUGAAAUAGUUGAGAACUGAAAUGGCGGGUAGAUGAAUGAGUCAUCAGAUUAUGUUUGCUUAGUUAAUCAUGUUUUGUUAAUUUUGCUAAUCUGUGUAGUUUACGCUUUACAAGGAAAGUCAGCAAAAGCUUUGACUUUUCAGUUGAGUGAUUGUAUGCUGGGAAGAAUGUGAAUUUUUGGUUUGCGCAGUCUUGAGGUUGAUGCUGUUUAUUGUCUGUUAGUUUGAAGUGUGGUCAUUGUUGAAGAAUUAGCAGUUGGGUAAGAUGGACACCUGCUGACAGCACCAAAGCCAUGUUCCAGGAUGAAUCAUGAUUUCAAGUAAUAAAAUUGUGAUUAUUAUCACAUUUUUAACGUAAAACAUUCCAAAGUUCUUCACAGGAUGGUCAUAAAAUAAAAUAAUGUUGAACCAUAUCAAAGGAAAAUUUAAGCUAGAUGAGCAAAGUAUUGAACAAAGAGGUAAGAUUUUAGAACCUUAAGGGAGGAAAUUGAGGUAGGGAGGGAACUCGUGAGCCUGACUCCAAGGCAGCUGAAGGUGCAACCGCUAAUUGUGGAUGAAUUAAAAUUGAUCAGGAGGAGAACAAUAAGAGUGAUAUGUACAAAUUCAAUGCUUUAAGUCUUUAAUUCUAAUUACAGUAUUUUCUCAGCCCCAGCUCAAACUGUAUAUUGGUGAGUCAGUUGGGGAAACUAAUAGAUCUGGAAAAACUAGGAUUAAUUGCUGAGGAAAAAUGUUUCAUUUUCCACCCAAGGUGUUAAUGGUUAGGUGAAAAUCUCAGUAAUGGGUGGCAAGGGGGCUAUUUUCAUUAUUGCAUUAACAUUUCACUAUUGUAUUAACACUUCACUAAUGCUUCUUCUUGCCUCAUUUGUAUGUGGCUUGUUAUUUUUUCUAGUGAGGUAAGCAAAACUAAGCAGUGAGAAUUCCUCAUUAAAGUCUGAGUGGUACCUUGUGGCACCAGAUUGCUGCUUGCUGUGCUAGACUUUCUCAAAAUUACACACACUGUUCAAGAUAUGGUCUCGUCAUCGCCCUAUAUAAGAGGAUAAUCGUCUCAUUUCAAUGUUCAAUUUCUCUUAUCAAGGAUAGCAUUCAAUUACACUUCAUAAUAACUUAGUGUACGUGCAUACUAACUUUUUGAGAUUGAUGUGCUAAAACACCUAGAUGACUCUGCAUCUAAGAAUUCCAUAGUUGUACUUCAUUUAAGUAAUGCUUUUGCUCUUCAUGCCAAAAUGAAUAAUUUCACAUUUAUGCCAGCUUUGUCUGCUGAGUCAAUCUCUGUAACUGUGUGCACAUCAUCCUCUUCACAAUUCAUCUACCUUUUGUCAUCUGUAAAUUUAAAAUUUAGCUACUGUGCCUUCCUUUCCCUCCUCUGUCAAUGAAGUAAAUUAUAAAAGUUGAGUCACCAGCACAGACUCCUCUGGGUCCCCACUCAUCACCUCAUGUCAAUCAUGAAAAGAUCCAUUUAUGCUUGCAUGUUUCUAUAACCCAACCUCUGUCCAUGUUCGUGUGAAGGUGGUGUCUUGUGCAGUGGUAGUGUUGUCCCUGCCACUGAGCCAGGAGACCCAGGUUCAAACAUGCCUACUCCAAAGGUGUGCUGUAACACGUAAUUAAAAUACAAACAAAAGAAUGAUUGGAAUGACUUCACUCUGUUGGGAAACUUAAUAGAAUAAUAGAUUAUUUAACUAUUAAGCAGCAACUUUUCCAAUAUAGUGUCUACAGUUGUUUGUCUAAAAAUAUUUGUUGGGAUUGGUUUCAGAAUUUUUAGUAUGCAAUUGUUCGCUAUCUAGAUUGUAGAAUGUUGAGGUUUAAACUUUAGGUCAAGGGAUAACAAAGUGUAGAGCUGGAUGAACACAGCAGGCCAAGCAGCAUCUUAGGAGCACAAAAGUUGACAUUUCGGGCCUAGGCCGAAGAUGCUGCUGGGCCUGCUGUGUUCAUCCAGCUCUACACUUUAUCUCGGAUUCUCCAGCAUCAGCAGUUCCCAUUAACUCUCAUAAGCUUUAGGUUGUAGUUCUGAACAGAAGGAAACCGAUGCUUGCUUUUCACAUUCAAAUUAUUGGAAUAGUAUAGAGUUGGUCAGCUCACUUAGCUGGACAGCUGGUUUGCAAUGUAGUGUAAUGCCAACAGUAUAGGCUACAUUCCUGUACCAUCAUUUAGCUGAUCAAGAAUCUCUUCUACUCUUGCCAUCUGCCUUUGGCAUAUGUUAGAAGAAUUUGUAGGUUGAUGCUAUUGAUCUUAGGCAUUUGUAAUCACAGUUACUUAAUAUAGGUAAUCAAUGAUUUCAAGUAAUUUUCUGGUAGUUUAAUGAGAAGCAGCAAUUUAGAUGUGGUACAUUAGUUAAUUAGACAAAUUGAAAUAAGAAAUCUUCAUCCAUCCUGGAGCUGUUCUGUAGAAUGGAGGGGUAGAGGCAGUGCAUUGCCACAUCCUGCACCCUUUUGUGAUGGUCUCUGGUCAACUUUUGUGGUCUUGGUACCAACAACUGGUGCUCUUCCCUCAGGCUGAUGUGGGAGAACUCCUUAACUUCCCCUCAAAGAAGUGAUAUAGUUUGUCUUUUUGCCCCUUCCUCCCUUCCUGUCCCUGUUUAUAUACCUUACUUUGGGUGCUGGCCAUUAAUGCUGUGUGAAGCACCGAUCUAAAUGUUUGACCAGUACCAUGGGAUAGGUACUCAUAAUGUCAAAUGAUUGUUGUUCCCUUGUCCAUCUUCACCUGAGAUUCAGUUUACCAUGCUUUCUAAGAACAACUACUUUAUAUUUUGAACCACACAGAUUUAACAGGAUAUAUUUGGCAUCAGAAAUUUUUUGAAUUGCUUUGUUAUUGUCACACGCACCUAGGUACAGUGAAAGAUUUUGCUUUACAUGCAGCACAGGCAGAUAAUACCAUACAAGCUUUAUUGAAGAAUGCAAUGUUCUGGCUUCAGAGAAAAUGCACAGAGUGAGAUCAGCAUUAAAUUUAAAAUUUUUGAAGUUCAUUCAGAAGUCUAGUAACAGCAGAGAAGAAAUCGUUUUUGAAUCUGUUGGUAUAUCUGUUUAAUCUUUUGUACCUUCUGCCUGAUGAAAAGGGUUGGAAGAGAUUAUAACCAAAGUGGGAGAGGUCUUUGAUUAUGUUGGCAGCCUUCCCAAGGCAGCAAGAAAAAUAGAUGGAGUCAAUGGAUGGAAGGUUGAUUGGUGUGAUGGACUGGGCUGCAUUCACAAUUCUCUAGUUUCUUAUGAUCCUCAGCAGAGCAGUUGCCAUACCAAGCUGUGAUGCAUCCGGAUAGAAUGCUUUCUAUGAUGUAUCUAUUAAAAAUUGGUAAGAAGCUUUGUGCACAUGCUGAAUUUCCUUAGCCCCCCUGAAGCUGUAGAGGCAUCGUGUUUUCUUGACUGUAGCAUCAACAUAGAUGGACCAGAACUCAUUGUUGGUGAUUGACACUCCUAGGAGCUUGACGCUCUUGACCAUCUCCACCUCAGCACUAUUGAUGUAGACAAAGGUGUGCCGUCAACUUUGCUUCCUGAUGUCCAUAACUAGCGCUUUCAUUUUCUGAUGUUAAGGGAUUGUUAUCUUUACAACAUUCCACCAAGCACGCUACCUCUUUCCUGUAUUCUGUCUCAUCAUUGUUGGGAUCUGGUCUACAACUGGUGUCAUCAGCAAACUUGUAGAUGGAGUUAGGGUGGAGUUUGGCCACUGGCAUGAAUGUAUAGGGAGUAUAGUAAGGGGCUGAGUUCACAUCCUUGCAAGACUCAGUAUUGAGGAUGAUUGUGGAGCAAGUGUUGUUGCCUAUUUUCACUGUGGUCUGUCGGUCAGAACGUCGAGGAUCCAGUUGCGGAGGUUGGACCUUGGAGAUUAGUUGGAAUUAUGUUGUUGAAGGCAGAGGUGUAGUCAAUAAGUAGGAGCCUGAUGUGAGAAUCCUCAUUAUCCAGAUGUUCCAGGAAUAAUAGUAGCCAGGGAGAUGACAUCUACCAUAGACCUGUUGUGACAGUAGCCAAAUGGCAAGGGAUCAGGUCUCAUUUUGUCAGCUGCAGGGAGUGACAUCUACCUCUCAAAUCAUAUUUUCCUAUAAAAUUUCUGUAAUUUUUUCAUGGUGGUGUGGUCAAUUUGCUGAUUCUCCUGUGGUUCCUGUUUUUAUUCGUGCAUCUUGCAGACAUAAUGUACCUGUUAGAUGAUUGCAAUGGCUGAGGUUUUUUUAGUGCGACUUUCUGGAUCCUUAUAAUUGCCUCAUUUGUAGUCAGAACUCUUGUCUGAAUUACGUAAUCUAAGGAUACCAUCGUCUCCCAGAAAAAAAAGCAUGUUCAGGUAACAGUGUAGUGUCAGGAUAAAAUCAAAAGACUGUGGAUGCUGGAAAUGUAAAAUAAAAACAGCACUGCAGAUACUCAGCAGAUCUGGCACCAUCUGUGGAAAGAGAAGCAGUGUUAACGUUUUGGGUCUAUUAAUUUCUCCAGCACUUUUUGAUUUUAUUGCAGUGCCUGAAGUGUCAACACUAGCUCAUUAUGUCUGACCUGAAGUUUCUCAAGGAGCAGACACUUUUGCUGAAAAAAUGGCUAGUGUGGAUCAUCAUGGUGUCACUAGCUCCCAUUAUUUACAACUGCAACACCUUACCAGCCCAGCCAAUUUUAAUUGUAUUUUGUUUGUCUGAUCAUUUUUAAAUAUCAAAUGUAUUUGUAGUUUAUAACUGAGGUAUUAAUUAGUUUAAUUUAUUAAAUUCAGAUAUCUGCUUUUGGUAUCUUACAUCAAAUGGCUUCUGUAUCUACUCUACUAGUUAUAUCCUUUUUAUAGAAACCUCUUAAUCAGCUUAUCAGCAUGAUUAGAUUUUUAUAAAAAGAAAUGUUGAGUCUAUGUGAUAAUUGUAGGGAAGCUAGGGAAUUUUGGAAAAUUUCAAUCAAAGCAUCCAACAUCUCUGCAGCCAACAGGUCCAGAUGAUUUGUCAGUUUUUAGUGCCUUCAGUUUCUCUAACACUUGUUCACUACUAACAUUAAUAAUUCUAACAUUGUUCUUUUAUUAGCCUUUUGAUUACUUGCAUUUAGGUAGGUAAUCUGUGUCUUCUAUUAUGAAACCAAAUACAAAAUAUUUCUGCAAUUUUCUCAUUCCCUAUGAUGAAUAUUCCUGUCCCUGCCUCUUAAGUAAUCAACAUUUGCUGCAAUAUACUUGUCAAAGCUCUUGCAACCUGUUUUUAUACUCCUGGUUAGUUUACAUUCAUGUUCUAUUUAUUCAUUUUUUACUAACUUUUAGAGCAUAUUUUGCUGGUUUCUAGAUCUCUCAAUUCUCAGGUUUACUUUUAUUCUUUGCAAUAUCGUAAGUCUCUAUUUUCCUUCUCAAAUUAUUCUUAGCUUUCCUGGUAAACCUUGGAUGGAUAUUUCUUACCAAGUUUUUGUUUUCACUGGGGUGUGUUUUGCUUGAACAUUUUGAAUAAUUAAUUUUAAUGUUUCCCAUUGUUUACUUAACACUUUACCCAACCAACUUUACCCAACUCUUUUUUUUACUGAUUUAAUUGAUUUAAUAUAUGUGCAAGAUCUUUAUCUGCGACUGUGGUAUGUUUAUUCCCUAACUUAGUGUAGAAUUCAGUUGUAUUAUCCCUUUGUCUCACAGGAUCUUUGCAUAAUUAUUAGAUUGCAAAUUAUUGAUAAGUUCCAUCAGCAGUAUUGCUACUUUUGCAGCAAAUUAACAGCCAAAAUCUUUAACAAUCUUGCCAGUCAUUUUUCUUCCAACAGCAGAAACAAAACUCAAUGUAACUAAUUUCCAAAACUCAUUUUUCUGUUUACAGGAAUUAUCAGUGACAAAAAAUAUACAAAAUAUUUCUUGAUUGAGACAGAAUGGAACUUGUGGCAAAAUUUACCUUAUAAACAUUACGCUAAUCAUUAUACUUAUAACUACAUUUUUUAAGAGCAUUGAAGAGUUUCUUAUACAUCGUUUAAAUAGUACUCAUUGGUAAAUUCUUAAUUCCUUUAUAACUGCAACUUUAUUACAUGGAAUUCAGAAUCUUUGUAAUGUUUAUGUUUCUAUUUCUUUUACUCACUAGAGGUCACUAUGAGAUGACAAAAUCUGCUUGUUCGUAGUCAGCCUUGUCAUGGGACUGUCAGCUGAAUUUAAUCUGCUUUAUUUGAAUCUUAAUUUAGGGUAACAACUGCCUAAUUAUAUGAUUGACUGUACAUGAUUAGUUAACUACAGUUGCAAUGAAAUGUGUACAAAUGAACUGGCAUUGGAUAAAGAGCAAUUCUAAGCCCCACUUGUAAUAUCUUGUUUAAUGUUAGAUAGGAGAAGUUUUGGAUAUAUGCUUGUGACAGAAUUAAAACUGUUUAACAGAU